AUGGACGACACCAACAAUGAGACAGCCAACACAGCGCCCAUCCACAUCCAGGCCAUGGUGGGACUAGUGGCCAUGCAGGUCAUCAUCGACACAGGGUCAGGCCACUCCUUCAUCUGCAAGGACACAUUGAGCAACAUCAAGGUGUUUGGACAGCGACCUGUGCUGCGGCCAUGGCAGUACAGACGCCCCUUGGGCAUUGGCAGGGGCACCCUGGACGUCGUGGCAAGCACAGUACUGCAGCUGCGGAUCGGCGGGGCGCAAGCAGCAGUGCGGCUUAGCGUGGACUAUGAUGGACAGGCCAUUGUACUUGGGAGUAAGCUGCCCAUGGACGACAGCGUGCUGGUAUCCACAGUCAACCCCACCAUGCUGUUUGACCCCACUUCAGGAUUGGCGACUGCACAAGGGCUGACCACAGUGUGGAAGACAGAGGACAGCAUGCGCAUUGUAGCAGAGCCCAUUGUGGAGCCCAUUGUUGUCCCAGUGUUUGGCGCUGAGGAAGCAGGGCUGGUGCUGGAGCGAUUCAAGUGGGACCCCACGCCCACAGCCAGCGAGGUGAGAUUGGGUCUCAGCACUGCAGAGGCUGAUGGGCUGGUGGCAUGCGCUGACCCUGACCUCACCCAUGCUCAGAAGGAGUGGCUGUGUGGCCUCCUGCUCAGAAAUGGGGACCUGUUCAGUGUCAAGUUGAUGCCAGGGCAGGCCCUGGCCAUCCCACACAAGAUCAAUACGCAGGGGCACUGGCCCAUCAAAUGCCAUCCCUACUGGUCAUCACUCAAGGAGUGUGAGGUCCUUGAGUCCAAGGUGGAACGGAUGCACCACGCCAGUGUCAUGUGA